AGGAAUACGGUCUCCAUGGAGGUCGCCGCCAUGUUGAAACUCGCCGCCAAUACAAGUGGCUCAGCGGCCUCCUCGGCACCUGUGUCCCUACUGGACUGGUAUGAUCUGGAACAUGAGCUGAUCCUGGUGCUGGAGAGACCAGUCCCCUGCGUGGACUUGGCCACGUACAUCUGCUCAAAGGGAGGCUCCUUAAAAGAGGAAGAGGCCAAGAUCAUCAUGAAACAGCUGCUUGAUGCAGCAAUUGAGCUUCAGGAUAAGAGCAUCUUUCACCGGGACAUCAAGGUGCAAAAUAUCUUGAUCGAGACUGGCUCGGACGUCCCGCGAGUUCGCCUCAUUGACUUUGGUCUGAGCUGCUUCGUCAAGAGCUGCUCCACUUACCAACACUUCUACGGUACCGCUAAUCACAUCCCUCCGGAGUUGUACAUUAAUCAACGCUACAGGGCCGGCCCCACCACAGCGUGGCAGAUGGGAGUGGUCCUGUUUGAAGCGCUCCACAAGAACACAUCUUUUGAGACCCUCGCGUUCCUCCAAAACAGUCUGAGAAUCAGGAAGACGCUGCCCAAAGAUUGCAAGGAUUUCUUGCAAAAGUGUCUGACUGAAGACCCCAAACAGCGCCUGACCCUGGAGCAGCUCAAGCAUCACCCAUGGCUCGGAUAAACCAACCCGGAAACACACACGUCCUCGCCAAACCGGGGCGGCCAGCCCGUGA